AUGACGUCAGCUGUGCCAGUAGGAUCCGGGCAUUACUGCACAUUAACAUCCACUGUCAGCAACGAGGAUUUCCGUUGCACUGUCAGCAACGAGGAGUUCCGUUGCGCUGUCAGCAACGAGAUGUUCCGUUGCGCUGUCAUCAACGAGGAGUUCCGUUGCGCUGUCAGCAACGAGGAGUUCCGUUGCGCUGUCAGCAACGAGGAGUUCCGUUGCGCUGUCAGCAACGAGGAGUUCCGUUGCGCUGUCAGCAACGAGGAGUUCCGUUGCGCUGUCAGCAACGAGGAGUCCCGUUGCGCUGUCAGCAACGAGGAGUCCCGUUGCGCUGUCAGCAACGAGGAGUUCCGUUGCGCUGUCAGCAACGAGGAGUCCCGUUGCGCUGUCAGCAACGAGGAGUCCCGUUGCGCUGUCAGCAACGAGGAGUCCCGCUGCCCUGUCAGCAACGAGGAUUUCCGUUGCGCUGUCAGCAACGAGGAGUCCCGCUGCCCUGUCAGCAACGAGGAGUCCCGCUGCCCUGUCAGCAACGAGGAGUCCCGUUGCGCUGUCAGCAACGAGGAGUCCCGCUGCCCUGUCAGCAACGAGGAGUCCCGUUGCGCUGUCAGCAACGAGGAGUCCCGCUGCGCUGUCUGCAACGAGGAGUCCCGCUGCGCUGUCAGCAACGAGGAGUCCCGUUGCGCUGUCAGCAACGAGGAGUCCCGCUGCGCUGUCAGCAACGAGGAGUUCCGUUGCGCUGUCAGCAACGAGGAGUCCCGUUGCGCUGUCAGCAACGAGGAGUCCCGUUGCGCUGUCAGCAACGAGGAUUUCCGUUGCGCUGUCAGCAACGAGGAGUUCCGUUGCGCUGCCAGCAACGAGGAGUCCCGUUGCGCUGUCAGCAAUGAGGAGUCCCGUUGCGCUGUCAGCAACGAGGAGUCCUGUUGCGCUGUCAGCAACGAGGAGUUCCGCUGCACUGUCAGCAACGAGGAUUUCAGCUGCACUGUCAGCAACGAGGAGUCCCGUUGCGCUGUCAGCAUCGAGGAUUUCCGUUGCGCUGUCAGCAACGAGGAGUUCCGGUGCCCUGUCAGCAACGAGGAUUUCCGUUGCGCUGUCAGCAACGAAGAGUCCCGCUGCCGGCCCUGUCAGCAACGAGGUGCCCGCUGCCCUGUCAGCAACGAGGAGUCCCGUUGCGCUGUCAGCAACGAGGAUUUCCGUUGCGCUGUCAGCAACGAGGAGUCCCGCUGCCCUGUCAGCAACGAGGAUAGCGACCCGUCAGCACAGGAGUCCCGUUGCCCGCUCAACGAGGAGUCCCGUUGCGCUGUCAGCAACGAGGAGUCCCGCUGCGCUGUCUGCAACGAGGAGUCCCGCUGCGCUGUCAGCAACGAGGAGUCCCGCUGCGCUGUCUGCAACGAGGAGUCCCGCUGCGCUGUCAGCAACGAGGAGUCCCGCUGCGCUGUCAGCAACGAGGAGUUCCGUUGCGCUGUCAGCAACGAGGAGUCCCGUUGCGCUGUCAGCAACGAGGAGUCCCGUUGCGCUGUCAGCAACGAGGAUUUCCGUUGCGCUGUCAGCAACGAGGAGUUCCGUUGCGCUGCCAGCAACGAGGAGUCCCGUUGCGCUGUCAGCAAUGAGGAGUCCCGUUGCGCUGUCAGCAACGAGGAGUCCUGUUGCGCUGUCAGCAACGAGGAGUUCCGCUGCACUGUCAGCAACGAGGAUUUCAGCUGCACUGUCAGCAACGAGGAGUCCCGUUGCGCUGUCAGCAUCGAGGAUUUCCGUUGCGCUGUCAGCAACGAGGAGUUCCGCUGCCCUGUCAGCAACGAGGAUUUCCGUUGCGCUGUCAGCAACGAAGAGUCCCGCUGCCCUGUCAGCAACGAGGAGUCCCGCUGCCCUGUCAGCAACGAGGAGUCCCGUUGCGCUGUCAGCAACGAGGAUUUCCGUUGCGCUGUCAGCAACGAGGAGUUCCGUUGCGCUGUCAGCAACGAGGAUUUCCGUUGUGCGGUCAGCAACGAGGAUUUCCGUUGCGCUGUCAGCAACGAGGAUUUCCGUUGCGCUGUCAGCAACGAGGAGUUCCGUUCCCCUCUCAGCAACGAGGAGUUCCGUUGCGCUGUCAGCAACGAGGAGUUCCGUUGCGCUGUCAGCAACGAGGAGUCCCGUUGCGCUGUCAGCAACGAGGAUUUCCGUUGCGCUGUCAGCAACGAGGAGUUCCGUUGCGCUGCCAAGCAAACGAGGAGUCCCGUUGCGCUGUCAGCAAUGAGGAGCACGCUGCAGCUGUUAAGCAACGAGGAGUCCCGUUGCGCUGUCAGCAACGAGGAGUUCCGCUGCACUGUCAGCAACGAGGAUUUCAGCUGCACUGUCAGCAACGAGGAUUUCCGUUGCACUGUCAGCAACGAGGAUUUCAGCUGCACUGUCAGCAACGAGGAGUUCCGUUGCACUGUACGAAGGGAUUUUCCGUUGCACUGUCAGCACGAUGAAGGAGUUCCGUGA